GCGCGGCGGGGGCGCGUCUCCCGCGGCUCCGCGUGCUGCUACUGGCGCAGCGCGGGAAACAGAUUGGAGCGUUUUCGCCGCCGCCGCAGCCGAGGUGGGGGUGUCUCCCCGCGUGAGCACUCCGAGCGCGGCGCUAUGGAGGUGGUGGAGGCCGCCGCCGCUCAGCUGCAAACUCUGAAAUUCGGUGGCGUCGGCGUCGGGGUUGGCCAGGGUCUGGCCGCGCCGCCUCCGGACCCGGCUCCGGUCGCUGCGCCGCGGGCGGACGAGGGGGGCCCACAGCCUGCGGGUGAGCAGCCUCCGCAGCUGGCGCCGCCGUCGCUCCCGGAGCCGCCGCCGGGAGGGAGCAGCCUGGAGACGUCGGACUCGGACUCGGACUCGGACAGUGAAACAGAUUCUGAUAGUUCAAGCUCCUCCUCUUCCUCAUCAUCAUCCUCAUCAUCUUCCUCUCGUGUAUCCCUCCCUGCAGUGCUGUCCGAUGGAGAAGAUGAUUUACAAGUUGAGAAGGAAAAUAAGAAUUUUCCUCUUAAAACAAAAGAUGAAUUACUUCUUAGUGAACUACCUUCUGUUGAAGAACUCACUGUUGUUCUGCCUGAAGAUAUUGAAUUAAAGCCUCUUGGAAUGGUUUCAAGUAUUAUUGAACAAUUAGUAAUAAUUGAAUCUAUGACUAACAUACCUCCAGUUAAUGAGGAGACUGUAGUUUUUAAAAGUGAUCGACAGGCAGCAGGAAAGAUAUUUGAGAUAUUUGGACCUGUUGCACAUCCAUUUUAUGUAUUACGGUUUAAUUCUUCCGAGCACGUUGAGAGUAAAGGUGUUAAAAUAAAGGACACUAUGUACUUUGCUCCAUCAAUGAAGGACUUCACCCAAUAUAUAUUCACAGAAAAGCUUAAACAGGAUAGGGGAUCAGAUGCAUCAUGGAAGAAUGAUCAAGAACCACCACCAGAGGCCUUAGAUUUCAGUGAUGAUGAAAAGGAAAAAGAAGCCAGACAGAGGAAAAAAUCUCAGAUUCAAGGCCGGAAAAAAUUCAGAUCUGAAUUUAAUGAGUCACGUGAAGAUUUUGCAGAAGUACAUCAGAAUUGGAAUGUUCAUAGCUCUGCUUCAGAGCCUUCAAAAGGAUAUCACAACAGAGAGUUCACAAGAGGAUUUUCCCGGGGCAGAUAUCCUCGGUCUUGCCCUGACAGGCCCCCACCUCCACAGUUUUAUAACUCAGAGCACAUGGUACCUCAGGAGACUUCAGGAUUUCCACCACAGAGACCGGAUGGCCCUAUGAUGCCACAGUAUCCCUUCUCUCCUCCUGGGUUUGACAUGCAUAACUUCUCCCUCCUUCCCCCUCCACCACCCCCACCACCACAUGCACCUGCCAGCAUGGGCUGGGUGGCCCCUGCUGUGGCUCCUCACCCAUUAAUUCCCCUACCAUACUCCCUACCCCCACCCCCGCCCCCCCCACCCCUGCCUCCACCCUCCUCUUCUGGGGAUAGUAGUGCUUCUCGUUUUGGACCUUACUAUUAGGUGAACAUAUGCAUUUCCUGAGAAAUGUGGAAUAUAUAUAUACAUAUAUAUAUGUGGGAAGGAUUUUUUUUUAAAGAAAGAGAUUAUGGAGCUAGAUUUUUAAAGCAUUGUAAAUUACUAAAUGAUUCCUUCAGUUGUAAAUUCAUAUAUAUUGUAACCAUUGUGAAAUUGUAUUCAUGAAAAUUUAACAUUAAACUUGGGGGGGGGAAUCCAAUUAUGUAAUAUAUUUAAUUAAGACUUUGAACCCUGUCCAAUUAAACCGUAUGUAUGUAGAUCUAAUAAUAAUAGAUCUGGGGCACCCUCAUCAUGGAUUAAAAUAUACUGAACAUAUUGAUUAUCUUCUUGGUAUAUGUGAAAAUAAGAUGUUAAGUCCUAUUGAGAGUCUUUGAAAUAAACUAUUUUUAUAAACUUAUACUUUGAAAAUUGAUUUUGAUUGUAAAUGCAAAAAUUUAAUUUAUUUACCAGUAAAUUUAAAUGUUCUAAUUUUUUUUUUUUUAAAGCAAGUGAAGGGUACAAAGAAGAAAAGCCUAAUAUCUUGGCAGAAGCCAUGUCUAUAAUUAAAGUUAAUAUUUAUUAAUUUUGCACAGGCAGGCUUUCCAUUAUCUAUGUAGAUUUCCAUUAUUUGGGCACAGAUCCAGUGUGCUUUACUGUUUAACCACUUAAAGAGACAUAAGGACUCUUCACAUAAAAUAUGUUAUUUAUCCACAGUAAGGAGUAUUUACCCCCCAUGCUAGGAGACUGUGUCUUCUGUAUCUGUUUCCCACAUUCUUGGUUGCCUGGCACAGGUUAAGUGCUUAAUAAAUACCUAUUGAACGACA